AUGACCACGGAUGACAUGAUCCAUCUCGUUCUCCCUAUAAACCCGGAAGUGGCAGUUAGCUUCUGCGACGAGUCGCGAUGCUGGGAGUCGCCCUUUGCGGACGCCAUGCACCAAGCUAAGAUCCCAUACCUCGCGAAUAGCCUGCUCAAGGACGCGCCACACAAGGAUAUCAUCAACGUUGAUAUACCAAGCGAGCGAAGGGGCAAGAAGACGUGGCCGGCGACGGUGGCAUGGCGCGUGAGAAUCGGCAUCCUGUCUCGACAACACCACCGAGUCAUUGCGUCCUACUCGCUUAGCCAUGCGCGGUCAUUCCUUGUAGUUCGACGCCGGGCGCGAUUUGAGCGAGCCAAGAGUGAACUGGCCGAGUUCCAGCGGGAGAGAGCGGAGACGUGGGAGAGGCAGGGGAUCCGGUUUGGCCAUCCCGACGACCGGCCAUGGCAUCAGACCGACCGAGCUACAGGUCCCUCGCAGGAACGAGGAGCGAAGAUAGUAGAUAACCACAUAACUGCACUACGCGACCUCAGCAAUCUCAUCGCCACCAGCCGCGAGCGUAUACCGAGAAGCAAAGAAAACAGCAUCAAGUGCUGGCAGGCCAUUCUCGCCCUCGACCAGUUCUCCGGCGGCGGCUUUCGAAGCCGCCUAUCCCCCCAGCAUCCCGGCCACCGGGACCUCAUCGAGGUCGACUUUGCCGAGUUUGUCUACUCCUGCGUGGGCGAAGAGAUGUUCGUAAAGCUCUCCUUCGCCAUUGACAAGAAAAUCCAAGAGUUAGUCCAGAGCGACUGUUUUGGGUCCCACUUUGAAGCCGCCGUUCAACAGACGGAGGCAAGCAAGGGAUUUCAGCCUACGGCCACUUCGCCCUUCCAGCAGGCUGAUUAG